GUGUUGUUAAGGAAGUAGGGCAGCCACCCCAUCAGUCAGGCAGUCAAACAGCCUCUGUCAGUUAAGGCUUCACCGCCAGCAGUUAAAGAACGAGGACUACGGUUUACCAAAAGAAAAAAAAAAAGACCAGGAGAAUGUUACAGAGGGCAGCGUCCAAUGUGUCCGACAAAAAGAGCAGCAAACCAAAGCGGUCCACAAGUUUUGGCAGGUUUGAGGGUCUCAGACAUCCCUCAUCACAAGCAAAAUCUGAGGAAAAUGGAACCAUGCUUGAAGAAUGUGACAGUCCAGACCCAAACAAAUCAGCUGGACUUGGAAAGAAGAUGAAGGCCAUUUCACUGACCAUGCGCAAAAAAAUAGGCAAAAAAUAUGCCAAGGCUUUGUCCGAGGAGACAGCAGAUGAUGCAAACAAAGACCAAGACACAGAAUCAGAAAGUGUCCCUCCAGCUGAAAAAAACUCUGGAAACUCUUUAGAAAGUCUUUACAGUGGACAGAGUUCCUCGAGUGGUGUAGCCAGUGAGUCCACUGGCUCAGGUCAGAGAGACAGUCUGAGGCUGGAGGAGGACGGUUCCUACCAGGGACAGUUUUGUGGCAAAGCUCGCGUCCACACAGACUUCGUUCCCAGUCCGUAUGACACAGAUUCUCUUAAACUCAAAGUCGGUGACAUUAUCAACAUCAUCAGCAAACCUCCCAUGGGCAUCUGGACAGGCAUACUGAACAACAAAGUGGGCAACUUUAAGUUCAUCUAUGUUGACAUUCUGGUGGAGAAGGAGGAAGAGGAGGAAGCACCGAAGAUCAGAGAACAGAAGCUGUGCAAAAGACCUCGGCCAAAAACAUUACUAGAGUUACUGGAGCGUCUACAGCUCAAGGAGUACGCCUCUGCUCUGCUACUCAAUGGCUACCAGACAGUGGAGGACCUGAUGCACCUGCAGGAGAAACACCUGAUUGAGCUGAAUGUCAAUGACCCUGAGCACAGACGCAAGCUCCUUGCUGCUGCUGACUGCCACUACACAGAAGGUGAUGAUGUGAGGGAUGUGGAUGAGUGCAAAUCAUUGCACAGCCUCCAGGAAGAAGACAGCGACUGUCCCAGGGACUCGGGCUGCUUCAUCCCCUCUGAAUGCUCCGACAGCAAAGAGGAUGCAGAACAUCUCACGGAGGCUGUGGAGCAUUAAAAACUGGCCUUUUUCUUUGGAUCCUUUGACUUUUAAAAUUCAACAUUGGAGAUUUUUCUGCACAAAAUAUUGAUUGAGGUGUUUUGAAAAAUAAUCCCAUAAAUCUUCUCAGACUGACAGUGUUCCAGCCGCAUUAGAAACUAUUUUUAAAUGUAUUUUUUAAAACAAUGUCAGUUAUAAAAGAAAAAGUAAUUCCAAAUAUCAGUUUAUCCAUUUGUUAUAUCAUCAAGAUACAGUAAUAAUCAAGUUGUAAGUUUUGAUUUAUAGAGUUUAUAUUGUUGAAGCAGCUAUAUUUCAUUGAUUAAAUAUCUGUUGUAUUUAUUGCAUUUAAAACAGUGUUUUGUCUUUAUUUUACAUUCUUUUAACCUCAUUACAUGCAACUAAUUUAACUUCCAAUGUCAACAUUUUUGUACGAUUGAAGGAUUGUUUAAAUGUGAUGUAGUGAAAUCUGUGUUUCAGUAUUAUUGCCUAUAAUAUAUAAUGUACAGGAAAAUAUGAACAUUGUUUUCUGAAUGUGAGUGUGUGUAAGUGAAUGUGAAAGUGAAAAUCGGUGUUUCUGUUUUUACAAAUUUUGUAAAUACAAUUAAAAACAUACAACAAAAA